UAACAUUUCACGUUAUCGGGAUCAUUGCUCUAGUGAUAUUGAAAUUAUGCGUUGGAAAUUGCGCUUUAGACAAGGUAUAUGGACGAUCGAUAUGCUUAUCUACUUUGAACUAUGUAAUCGUAUAGGCCGUACGUGUUUAUGGAUGUUUCAAUGGUUGACAGCUGUCAAUUGCACGUAGGUUGAUAGUGAAUCACGACAUUGGCAGUGGAACUAGGUGAAGACUACUCACCACGACAGGUGACUAAUACCUUAAGAAUUGCUCUUUGUUUUCUGUCAAAGUUUUGUUAUCGUCUUAUUGCGUACACACUUGCUCGUAGUUAAAAGCGGUUCAUGCGUUGUGACUUUCCCCUUAGACAAACCUAAUCAAGCACUCGCUUUUUGGCCUCCAAGUUUUGUGCUGGUCCAACAUAGGUAUCGCACAUCAUCACCUACUCUUUUGUUCAGAUGUCCAGGUAUUUUUUGUAAGAGCCUUCUUUUAAUGUUUUUUUUCUUUGCACAGUUUUUUCAAUUGCACAUCAUCAUCAUCAUCAUCAGAUCCGAUUCAAUCACGUUAUUUUAUUUUCCAGCGACAUAACCGGCAUGGCGUCCAGCUCCGUCAGCCAGGAGGAUUUUGACAAUGACUUCGAGUUAACGUCCAGGAGAUCUAGGAUCAGAACCGCACGGGCACGAGUGGUACCACCCAGAACUGGAGACUCUUCUUCCAUAAACUUUCAAAAGAGUGCACAGAAUGUGGAAGAAUCCCAAGGUGUGUGCGACACCAGUUCAAACAGUGUGCUUCCACCGGAACACGAGAAUCAGCAGAACAAACCAAUAAUGAGGAAACAGGACAAACGAGUGACUGGCCGGUUAGUAAAACAAAACUGUUGUCGUUUAAAUAAGAGUUCGCGCGACCUGUUAACACUUUCUGGAUCUGGUUCUAGUGUCUUUAGUGUCGUAUCCUGUUUGCACAGGCCAACGCACAUAAACAAGGGAAAGCAGCAACGCGAUCGACGGAAGCUUCGAGAAAAAAGACGAAGUACCGGAGUAGUACAUUUACCAUCGACGGAGCCACUCCGACUUGGAAGCAGAUGACGAGGAAUUCGAUUCCUUGAAUCAAUCUGACAGUGUCAAUCAAUCGGAUCAUGGAAAUCACGAGCCACAAACCUCUGUGAACACCGUCAAUCAGCCAAGACUAUCUACCCCAACGGGAGAUAAUCCACACGAAUUGAUAGAACGAGCGCAAGAAGAGAACAGGAGGUUGCUGUCACUUCUGGAGGAUCGGGAUCACAAGAUAAUGGCACUUGAAGCCCGGCUGCUCCAACAGCAGCACGAAAUGACCAUAGAAAGGGAACGGCUUCGGGAGGAGAAUGCCGCGUUAAUUCGCGCGAUGGCAGCCCUGGCGAGUAAU